AUGCUGCGGCAGGUUCUGCACAGGGGCUUGAGGACGUGUUUCUCCCGGCUUGGCCACUUCAUUGCCAGUCACCCGGUCUUCUUCGCCUCGGCGCCGGUGCUCAUCUCCAUCCUGCUCGGCGCCAGCUUCAGCCGCUACCAGGUCGAAGAGAGCGUGGAGCACCUGCUGGCGCCCCAGCACAGCCUGGCCAAAAUCGAGCGCAACCUCGUCAACAGCCUCUUCCCGGUCAACCGCUCCAAGCACCGGCUCUACUCGGACCUGCAGACCCCUGGGCGCUACGGCAGGGUCAUCGUCACCUCAUUCCAGAAAGCCAACAUGCUGGACCAGCACCACACGGACCUAAUCCUAAAGUUGCAUGCUGCUGUGACCAAGAUCCAGGUUCCGAGGCCUGGUUUUAAUUACACGUUUGCCCAUAUAUGUAUCCUGAAUAAUGAUAAGACUUGCAUCGUGGAUGACAUUGUACAUGUCCUGGAAGAGCUAAAGAAUGCUCGGGCUACCAAUCGGACCAAUUUUGCUAUCACAUAUCCUAUCACCCACUUAAAAGACGGAAGGGCUGUCUAUAAUGGGCACCAACUUGGGGGUGUCACUGUACACAGCAAGGAUCGGGUGAAAUCUGCAGAGGCCAUUCAGCUCACCUACUAUUUGCAGUCAAUCAACAGUCUCAAUGACAUGGUGGCUGAGAGGUGGGAGUCCAGUUUCUGCGACACUGUCAGACUGUUCCAGAAAUCCAACAGCAAAGUCAAAAUGUAUCCUUACACAUCCUCGUCACUGAGGGAAGAUUUCCAGAAGACCAGCCGUGUGUCAGAACGUUACUUGGUCACCAGCCUGAUCCUGGUGGUCACCAUGGCCAUCCUCUGCUGCUCUAUGCAGGACUGCGUCCGCAGCAAACCCUGGCUAGGCCUACUAGGGCUGGUAACCAUAAGCCUAGCCACUCUCACAGCAGCUGGGAUCAUCAAUCUUACUGGUGGAAAAUACAAUUCCACCUUCCUGGGAGUCCCUUUCGUCAUGCUAGGUCAUGGAUUAUAUGGGACUUUUGAAAUGCUAUCCUCAUGGAGGAAAACUAGAGAAGAUCAACACGUUAAAGAGCGAACUGCAGCAGUCUAUGCGGACUCCAUGCUCUCCUUUUCUCUCACCACUGCCAUGUACCUGGUCACCUUUGGCAUAGGGGCCAGCCCUUUCACGAACAUUGAGGCAGCCAGGAUUUUCUGCUGCAAUUCCUGUAUUGCAAUCCUCUUCAACUACCUCUAUGUACUCUCGUUUUACGGUUCCAGCCUUGUGUUCACUGGCUACAUAGAAAACAAUUACCAGCAUAGUAUCUUCUGUAGAAAAGUUCCAAAGCCUGAGGUAUUGCAGGAGAAGCCGGCAUGGUACAGGUUUCUCCUGACAGCCAGAUUCAGUGAGGACACAGCUGAAGGCGAGGAAGCAAACACUUACGAGAGUCACCUAUUGGUAUGUUUCCUCAAACGCUAUUACUGUGACUGGAUUACCAACACCUAUGUCAAGCCUUUUGUAGUUCUCUUUUACCUUAUUUAUAUUUCCUUUGCCUUAAUGGGCUAUCUGCAGGUCAGUGAAGGGUCAGACCUUAGUAACAUCGUAGCAACUGCAACGCAAACCAUUGAGUACACUACUGCCCAGCAAAAGUACUUUAGCAACUACAGUCCUGUAAUUGGGUUUUACAUAUAUGAGUCCAUAGAAUACUGGAACACUAGUGUCCAAGAAGAUGUUCUAGAAUAUACCAAGGGGUUUGUGCGGAUAUCCUGGUUUGAAAGCUAUUUAAAUUACCUUCGGAAACUCAAUGUAUCCACUGACUUGCCUAAGAAAAAUUUCACAGACAUGUUGAGGAAUUCCUUCCUGAAAGCCCCCCAGUUUUCACAUUUUCAAGAGGACAUCAUCUUCUCUAAAAAGUAUAAUGACGAGGUAGAUGUAGUGGCCUCCAGAAUGUUUCUGGUGGCCAAGACCAUGGAAACAAACAGAGAAGAACUCUAUGAUCUCUUGGAGACUCUGAGGAGACUUUCAGUCACCUCCAAGGUGAAGUUCAUUGUCUUCAAUCCAUCUUUUGUGUACAUGGAUCGAUAUGCCUCCUCUCUGGGAGCCCCCCUGCACAACUCCUGCAUCAGUGCUUUGUUCUUGCUCUUCUUCUCGGCAUUCCUGGUGGCAGACUCUCUCAUCAAUGUCUGGAUCACUCUAACGGUUGUGUCCGUGGAGUUUGGAGUAAUAGGUUUCAUGACAUUAUGGAAAGUAGAACUGGACUGCAUUUCCGUGCUAUGCUUAAUUUAUGGAAUUAACUACACAAUUGACAACUGUGCUCCACUGUUAUCCACAUUUGUUCUGGGCAAGGAUUUUACAAGAACUAAAUGGGUAAAAAAUGCCCUGGAAGUACAUGGGGUAGCUAUUUUACAGAGUUACCUCUGCUAUAUUGUUGGUCUAAUUCCUCUCGCAGCUGUGCCUUCAAAUCUGACCUGUACACUGUUCAGGUGCUUGUUUUUAAUAGCAUUUGUCACCUUCUUUCACUGCUUUGCCAUUUUACCUGUGAUACUGACUUUCCUGCCACCCUCUAAGAAAAAAAGGAAAGAGAAGAAAAACCCUGAAAACCGAGAGGAAAUUGAGUGUGUAGAAAUGGUGGAUAUCGAUAGUACCCGAGUGGUUGACCAAAUUACAACAGUGUGAUAAUAUCUGCUGCUUUGUAUAUUUUUAUCCUAGGUCUUAUCAAGAAGAAAGAGAUUAUGUUAAUGAAACAAUUACAGUCAAGGUUGUUCCUCUUAAGGGUAAGAAAUAGGCAUUGCAAAGAUAGAUAAAAGGCAAAGGGAAUAAUGGGCAUGUGACACCUUUUCAAUUUCUAAAACAAAAGGGUUGUCAUGAGAAAGAAUUUAAACACACACACUCACACACACACACACACAGAGAGAGAGAGAGAGAGAGAGAGAGAGAGAGAGAGAGAGAGAGA